AAACAGUUUCGUUUCAUCUCGUCGUUCUUCCUCUCAUUUCCCCUUUCCGGCCCAGUGAGGCUUUUCAUCAGUCAGUUGUAAUUCCAUUUAUUAUUAUUGCACGCAGAGAAUAGAAAAACCCCCACACGCGUUACAAUCCAGAAAUCGAAAUCGAUUUCGAUCGCAAAAUUUAUAGAAAGAAGAAGAAAAUGCAUGGAGACGGAAGAGGAGAAAUAAGCUCGUGUGAAUUUCCACACGGAGAAACCCCCUCCAGGUAUGAAUUAUUGAGUAUGGUGAGGAAACAUUCCAACUGGUUGGGGAAAAUAGAAAAUGAGGAGCAAGAUGCUACAGAUGUUGAAAUGGAUUCACGCUUUUGGAAUGAAGUGCUGGAUUUGUAUUUCAUUUGUGGUAGGGAGUCAAAGGGACGGCAAGAUGACGAUCUCAUCUUUUUCGUGAGAAACACGAAUCUGCAUGGAUAUGGCUUCAACGAUAAUAUGGAGGGGAUUCCUCCUUAUUUUGUUCGCAGGUGGGCACCUAAGUUGGAAAAGGUAGUUGGUGAAAUUUCUGCAGACGUGGAUUGGCGGCGCUCAUUUUACUUGAAUCUGAUUGCACACACUUCAUUCACGGUAUCAGUUGCUAUUUGCAGUAUUCAGGCCCUGCGGAGACAUCAAAAUGAUGCAGAUACACCCUUAUCUCCUAUCUAUAAGGUUGUUAAGACUGUCUAUGCAUCUCCAAGUCGUGUUGAUUUCCAAUUGGACUCCAGAAAGGCAUCAGAGACACUUCCUGCAUAUCCAAAUAUUUGUUUUGCAAUUGAUGAUUUUGAUUCCACUUUUGAUGCAGUGGUUUUGACAGAAACGGAUCAUUGUUUCUGUGUUAUUCUCAAUGCACAUGAUGGAGCAGCUUUUCCUACCGAAAAAGCGGCAGAUGAUGGCAGCUCUAGUAAGAAUUCCUCCUUGAGAGUUGACACUGAUUCUGGGCGGGCCAAGCUUUCUAAGCUCACUCUCUUCUCGGGAUUUGUUAGCUAUCAAAUGGUUCGAGAAGCAUAUGAUGCUGGGAAGUCUAGAUUUGGGAGCCUUCUAUCAAUUGGUCACAGUUCUCCUAAAACAGACAGGCUUUACAUGAGAGGUCCUGGAGGCCGUGGGGAAGUCGAGGUUGCUGUUUCUGGCAUUGCAGGCCUGGGAUUAUCAACCAGUACUGGUGCUCUGGGAGAGGGUGCUUCUGCCGAGGAUCUGGAUAAUGAAGGUGACUGGGUCCUAGUGGAGAAGGGAAGUAAGAAAGGUCUAUUCAGUAUUUUUGUAGAUCAAAGCGAGCAGGAUUCAGGACCUCCUUCCCCACUUCAGAUAUCCAAGAAAGGACUUGGGAUUGGUCUGGGUACAAUCGUCCGUAAAGCAGCAUCAGCUGCAUCUUUGGCGGCAAAGCAUGCUUAUGCCGCUGCCGCUGCCACCAGGAGAUCCGAUGAAGAUAUGUUGCCACUCAAGUGCUGCUUAAUGUCCAUAUCUUUGCCUUGGGAGCACAUUGCACAUGAUCUUUUGUUCAAGGGAAGCCCUCCGGUGAAUUUGUGACCAAUCAUCUUUGCUAGCCCAUAUUGGAGCCUUGGGAUCAAUUAAGACAUGGCCAUGCCACUGGUAUCAAGGCAUGGAGUUGGAGAAUGUGUGUAUAGUAUGUUAGGUAUGGAGAUACUUGUGUAUAUGGUCUUUUGUUCAAAUUCUUCAGUAUAGUGUAGAUUUGAGUACUAAUUUGAAUGAAUCAGUGAGUUGUGUGGUGGUAAAAGAGAAAUGGGAAAUGGGCUCGAAAACAGGUUAUAUAGUAAAUGUUUAUUUUUAAAUUUUCACUUUUAUGAUGCAUGCAUUGUGCAAAAUCUAGAUUGGAACAUUGAAAUCCAGCUGUCCUCUUGGUUUCA